UUGUGGUAGUGACGGUGGGUGUUGAAUUUGAUGUUUUGACUUUUUCACUGAUAAGGGAAUUGCGGUUUUAGGGCGGAAAAUCGCUCGUGUCUGCUUGGAAAAGUACAUUAGACUAUUUCCCCAAUGUCAUCCCUCAAAUUUGGCACUCUUGUGCUCAGGACGGUGCUGAGUAAUCGACUGUAUGGGCAGCCGGCGAAAGUUCUCAGUCAACAAUGUGCUUUUCGCAUGUCCAAGAAUUCCGCAGUCAGCUUCCAGCAAAGCAGGGAGUACAAGGACUUUGGCCACAAGCCAGAAGUCGUGCCCACAUUCACAAAGUUCUUCUACUUGAUGGUCGGACUGGGAACACUUUUAUCGAUGCUCAACUACAAAGGGAUUAAGAAGAUGAUUUUCCCGAAAGUCGAUGCUGACACUGGCGUUGAAAAGGAUUCAUCUUCGGCUGAGAGUGAGAAGAGUGACUCGGAGGUGUCUGAGAGUGAGGAUGACGAGAAGAGUCCGGAGAAGAAGAAGAAGGAGAAAAUAGGGUUUCGCGAUAGAAAGAUCAUCGAGUAUGAGAACAGAAUCAGGCAAUUCUCCACUCCGGACAAGGUGUUCCGCUACUUUGCCACAGUCCAGGUGCCCCUGGGCGGACAUGGAGAGUACGAGGUGUUUAUGACCCCGAUAGAUUUCUUGACUAGCAUGACACCGGGAGUGAAGCAGCCUGAGGGUCUGGGUCUUGAUCAGUAUCGUCGAUAUGAUCCAAAGACCUUUGAAGAGUCUGUCACGGAACGCCUGGAUUUAUCUCUCGAGCAGACGUCGAUCUUCUACAAGCUCGGCUCUUACGGAUUGAUCUCCUUCUCGGACUACAUCUUCCUCUUGACGGUGCUCUCAACUUCUCGGAGACACUUUGAGAUUGCCUUCCAGAUGUUUGACCUCAAUGGCGAUGGUGAUGUUGAUUGUGAGGAGUUCGAGAAGGUCGCCACGCUGAUCAGGCAACAGACAAGCAUUGGCAAUCGCCACAGGGAUCACGCCAAUACUGGAAAUACCUUCAAGGGCGUAAAUUCUGCUCUCACGACGUAUUUCUUCGGCCCGAAGAUGGACCAGAAGCUGACAAUUGAGAAAUUUCUGGACUUCCAGAAGCAGCUUCAGCGGGAAAUUCUCACACUUGAGUUCACACGGAAGAAUCCAGAUGAGAAUGGCAGAAUUUCUGAGGUGGAAUUUGCCGAACUGAUGCUGGCUUAUGCGGGCUACACGCAGAAGAAGAAGGCCAAGAAGAUGAAGUUGGUGAAGAAGCGCUACAAAGACGAGAGUCAGGGAAUCUCGAAGGACGAUUAUCUCGAUUUCUUCCACUUUCUCAAUAACAUCAACGAUGUGGACACGGCGCUGACUUUCUACCACAUCGCAGGAGCGGCCAUCGACCAUAGCACGCUGAAGCAUGUGGCCAGGACUGUGGCGCACGUGGAGUUGUCUGAUCAUGUGAUAGAGGUGGUCUUUACGAUUUUCGAUGAGAACCUCGAUGGACAACUGAGCAAUCGAGAAUUCAUUGGUGUGAUGAAAAAUCGGCUUCAACGGGGAUUAGAGAAGCCCAAAGACACUGGUUUUGUUAAGUUUAUGUACUCCAUUCUGAAGUGUGCCAAAGACACAAAACCAUCGUUUUUGGAGGCUUGAGCACAUUUUAUCUCGAUCCUGACACUAUAAUGCGCUCCCUUUCUAGUCCUCACAUCUAAUGCAUCUAAUAUUUGAAAAAUUGGAAUGUUCCACCAUAUGAAUUAAUUUAUAUCUUCGCAUUUAGAAUCACAAGUCUUCUGAAUCUCUUGUAUUCUCGUUGAAUUUUCAAAUAAAUCCGAAUGAAGUUAGCAAAGCAUCGAU